CUGUCACCAUCUCGCUCGCACACUCAUUAGGCAUGUUGCUGCUGCUGCUCGCCACAUUUUGAAUUUUGCGCAUGCAAGCUUGUGCUCAGCACAGCCCACAUUUUUGAGUAUUCAGUGCUGCGCGCGAGUUCGAGCUGUGGACGUUGGACUGGUCUGGCGUUUUUUAAAUCCAAUCCUAAGCAAGAUCCGGCUGCAAAUUGAGCAUGAACUCUCGCGAUAGACAGUUCUGGACGGAAUUCCUGGAGCUCUAUCGAUCCUUGCCGGCGGUAUGGAAGGUCAAGAGUCCGGAGUACAGCAGCCGGGCCUUGAAGUCCGCCGGCUACGAGCAGCUGGUGCAGAAGCUGCGCGAGGUGGAGCCGUACGCUGAUCGCGCUCUGGUGGUCAAGAAAAUCAAUUCGUUCCGUACAAACUUUCGGCGGGACUUGCGCAAACGUGAUCAGUGCACCGAGGAGGAGCCAUUCGUGUCGACUCUGUGGUACUUUGAGCUGCUAGGCUUCUUAGAGGGACAAGAGGAUGCCAGCUCAUGCCAGAGCUUGCACAAGGCUAGCAGUCCAGAGCCAGAAGCUCUGCCCGAAGCUUUGCGCCACACCGCUUACGACGAGCCGCGUCGUAAGAAGCGCCGCACGGCAGUCAAGGAAGAGUUAACUGCAUCUCCCGCACCUGCCGAAUUACGUUCCGGCUUGCACUCGCCCGCUUCUCCCCUUACCCUGCCUUGCAGACAGCAGCGCCAGCGUUUUUCCACAUUCUGCGCAUCGGAAGCUCUGGCCCACACUUGGCGCAGCCAAUUUGACGAGCUGGCGCCCCGGCAGAAGCUUCUAGCCCGCAAGCUCAUCUCAGACGUACUCUACUACGGCUGCAUGGAGCAACUGGAGCCGUGCCAUGUUGCCCAGCUGCAGCAGAUGAUGCUGCGUCGCAGCUCGACGCCGCACAUUGAGGAUGUUCCGGCUUUGCCGCAUCUCGGCAAGCUGUACUCCCUGGACGGAUACGAUGAGCGCAAAUCUGGGGAUUCGGAUGGGUAGGGCAGGUGCCAGAGACGGUCCUUUUAUUAAUCUAAAGCGUUUGUGAAUACAAUAAUACGAGGAGCUAACUCAACCCUAAAUUACGUUAGCCUAAUAUUUAUAUAUACAUGCAUAUACAUAUAUUUAGAUGCAUAUGUGUACUUACCCAAUAUUCAAUCACGAUUAUUUUAAUGCAAUUUUUUAGUUGGACGUUUGAAACUGAAAGAAAAAGGCAAGUUGAGAGCGGAUUAGAGUAAGAGUAGAAGAAGCACGAGAAAAACGAGAGAUUGGUAAAUAAAAAGAGAUAGGGAAAGAAUGAGGGAGAUAUAAAUUCAGAAAUAGAGAGAAGGAAAGAAACAUUCAGAAAGUAAAGGAUAGAGAUAGAGAGAUAGAGAGAGAGAGAGAGAGAGAGAGAGAGAGAGAGAGAGAGAGAUGAUAUUAGCGUGAGCUAACACUCACUAUAAAAGCAUGAAAGCUUCUAGUUACUUAAAUUCAUGAGAAUCGCAUAGUAGAGCGACAACUUAAAAUACGGUUUUCUUUUGAUUUGUUGCGCAGUGGGAAGAAAAGCUUGGAAUUAAAGAACAAAUAUGCACUCAUACAUAAAUUUACAGGGUAUCUUCUUUUUUUGGAUCUUAGACAACAUAUGAAGGAAUAAUAAACAGCUCUUAAAAGUGA